AUGAACUUGUACCUUUCUAAAAAUUGCCGGCAUUCUGUCCACCCUUCUAGCAACAGGUUACUCCCUGACUUGUAUAGAAUGUACGGUUGCAGGGGACAAGGUCUGCAAUGGAUCUUCCGAAGUUUGUCCUUCUGGGAACUAUGCCUGCCUGUUAACCCGCGCAGUAAACACUAUGGGUGAAAUGGUGACUAUGAAUUUGUACAUCAGGCAAUGUGGACCAAGAGAACUUUGUUUAAAGACUGGAAGUAUAAGUGUCCCCAAUGGCAGAUACUUGACCAGCAUCACCUGCUGUGACACCGACAACUGCACCCCUCCCGAGCCCAACCUUCCGGAAGUCUCGAUAGCAAAGAACGGCAUGAAAUGCCCAGCUUGCUUUGUUCCAAACGCCAAGUCAUGCGACAAAGUGACCUCCAUGGAUUGUAUUGGAAAUGAGACGAUAUGUAUCACCCAGAUCACCAAUCUUAAAGGGCCUGUCCCUUCUUCACAAGUAGCACGUGGCUGUGCCACCAAAGGGCUGUGUGAUCCAGUCCACCAAGUGUGGAACAUCAACAAGUCGGUUGUGGAUUUGGAAAAUAUCUGUGCGAACUGCGGCCAUCGCCUUCAGGAAAAUAUUCUCGCGCUAAUCUUUUCUAUUUCUGUCUUUUGGAAACUCCUGGGCUAA